AUGUUCGAUGAAAAUGUUCGAAAUUUUCGUAUAAUUUGGCUUGACAAGACUUUUUGCUAUACAGAUACAAGUCAACGAGCUAGAGCAAGUUUAUAUCAGCUAAACUCUUUACUGAGAACAUUCUCAGAUGUUGAAAAAUGUUUUGACUAUAUCCGAUAUAUAGUUGACGACACUCAAUAUAUCCUUUUCAUUCUAUCAAUUGAUUCAUUUGAAGAAAAUGUUGAUGAUAUUAUUCAAGAAGUUACUGGUCUGAUCCAAGUCACAUUUCUAUAUGUGUUAACUACUUCAAAUAAUCGUGAAAAAUUGUCUGAAAAAGAUAUUCGUGCUAUAUUUACUGAUGAAGAUCAAAUACAAAUCAAACUUGUGGAAGAUAUUAAAUUAUGUAAUGAAAAGGGUCUCAAAUUUAAUAUAUUAACAUUGGGUCGAUCAACAAAAGAUCUUUCACGUCAAUCAUCAAAAUUCAUGUGGUAUCAAUAUCUGAUGGAUAUUCUCCUUGCUGUUCCCGAUGCGGAUGCCGCUAAAACAGAACUAAUCGAAUUUUGUUGUUCGAACUACGCUGAAAAUCCAAUUGAACUGAAUAAAAUACGUGAAUUCAAAGAAACCUAUUGUUCUGAACAAGCCAUUAAAUGGUAUACGCGUGAUACUUUUCUUUUUCGUCUUGUUAACAAAGUUUUACGUCAAGAGAAUAUUGAUGACAUGUAUAAGAUUCGUUUUAUUCUAUCUGAUAUUCAUACACAACUAAUGGAAUUACAUGGAGAUUAUUUAGACUUACUGCUCGAGAAGAAUCUUUAUCCAUAUUGUCUUACGGUUUAUCGAGGUCAGUUAAUGUCUGCCUAUGAAUUUGAUCAACUCAAACAGAAUAUUGGUUGUUUUAUUUCGAUGAAUAGUUUUCUUUCGACAACAACCGCAAGAGAUCUUUCGUUAAUAUUCAGUGGACAAGGACAACAGCGGCCACAAUUGGAAUCAAUUUUAUUCGAAAUAACAAUUGAAACGAGUACAUGUGAGACAGCAUUUGCUGAUAUUCAACAUGUUAGUUGGAUGUCAAGUGAAGAAGAAAUUUUAAUUACAAUCGGUGCUAUUUUUCAUAUUGAUUCGGUAUAUCAAAUUGAUAAUGUUUGGAUUGUAAAAUUAACUUUGUGCAAUCAGGAAAGUGAAGGAAUCGAAAAAUUAGCUGAUUAUUUUCCUGAAAUAAAAGAUAACAAACAUGAUUUAUUUACAUUUGCAGACUGCUUAUAUAGUAUGGGCGAUUAUGAUAGAGCGGCGACAGUUUUUCGUCGAUUGCUCUCUUCUAAUUCAAUAACUAAUGAACUAAUGCCAAUCAUAUGGGGAAAAUUAGCUAUGUGUCUCUCUCGUCAAUGUCAUCAAAAUUUUGGAGAGAUUAUGAAUUAUUUCAAUAUAAGUUUAGAUCAUAUUACAACUGAAUCUUCGUCUUAUUCAAUACGAAUAGACAUAUUAAUAGAAAUAGCUAAUUGUCUAUUGAUAAGGGAAAAGUACAAUGAAGCUGCAGAAGUGCUAAAUCAAGUGCGAAUAUUGAUUGAUCAAGAUAUUCAACAAUAUGGACAACAAGAAAAACAUACUAUUCAAAUAGUUCGAUAUACAAUGAUGAAGGGCAUAGCUUGCAGUAAAAUGGGAGAGCAUCGACAUGCACUCGAACAUUUUCAUUUUGCUCGAAAAAUCUAUUAUGAUAAUUUACCUGAUGGACAUGAACGAAUGGGCGAAACUCAUUUAUAUAGAAGUAUCGCGCAAUCAGCCAGUAAACAAGAGACGAUUGAAUCAUUUCAAUCGAUGCAACGUGCAUUAGAACUGCAUUUAGCUACUUUACCUCCCGAUCAUCCAUCAAUUGCCGAUAUGUAUGAUAUUGUUGCAUGGAUUUAUUUACGUCAUUACGAUAUAAUGAACGCUCAAAAAGCUUUUGAAAGAUCAAUUGAAUUUCGAUUAAAGAGUAAAUGGUUCGAUCCAACUCACCUCGCUGUAACUUAUAUUGGUCUAGGAAAUAUCUUAGGUGGUGAUGAAGGUAUGUCGUAUUUAGACAAAGCUGAUAACCUUUAUAAAGAACAUCUAUUACCGAAUAGUUCAAAAUUCAUUCAACUCUACAUAUCUAAAGCAGAAAUUCAUUUAGAUAAGAAUGAAAUCGAACAAGCCCGAUAUUAUUUAACCAAUGUAUUAAAAAUUGAACUUGAAUUGAAACGAUCAAAACCAGGCAAUAGCUUAGCUGUGAUUUAUACACUAUUUGGAAUAUUACAUCAAAAAGAAGCUAAAUAUGACAUAUCAAUAAACUACUUUGAAAAAUCCAUUAAUAUAAUUAAAGAAUUUCAGUCUCAUGCAAAACUAGAACUUGCCUACAAUUUUCUCAAUCUCGGUAGAAUUUAUCAUGAACAAAAUAAUCUAGAAUUUGCUCUUAGCUAUUAUCAUCAAUCUUUGAAUGUCUAUCUUCAACUUCCAUUAAUCAAUAAAUCACGAUUAGCAACAGUUCAUUAUAAUAUAGCUAUGAUACUUUUAUUACAAGAUUCUUAUGAAAAGGCUUUCGAACAUUUUCAGAAAACUGUUGAAUAUCAAUUGCAUUAUCUUUCCUCUCAAUCUAAUCAACUAUUCGCAUGUUACAAGAAUCUCAUGGUCGUCUCGAAACAUUUGCAAGAUGAUAUACAUUUUCUUGAAUAUUCACAAAAAGCAUUAGAUAUGAUUUAUCGUAUAAAUCCCGAUGAGCUUCUUGAAGCUGUUGAUAUUCAUAUUGAAAUAGCUCAAUAUUGGGAAGAAAAGAAUGAAUAUAUGCGUGCUCUUCAAUCAUAUGAACGAGUAUUACAAGUGAAUAGGCAACUCUUAGAUGAACACCAUCCAUUGUUCAUAACGAACUAUACGACUCUUGCUCAUAUGUAUUCUGAAAUAUAUGAACAUCAGACAGCUAUAAACUAUUUUCAUAAAGCAUUAAUUCUUAAUGAGCACCAAGGAUGCAAAAUAGUUUUACUAAUUAAUAUUGGAAUGGAAUAUCUUAAUUUAGAAUAUCUUGAAAAAGCACAAAUUUAUUUAGAAGAAGCUCUGUCGCUAAUGGAUCAUAGCACUGAUAUCAAACAGGAAGAUAUGCCGAGCAAACUUUUCUAUGCGACUGCACUUGAUUCUCUGGCACGUGUCAAAGCACAACAAGGUCAAUAUCAAGAAGCAAAAAAACUGUGUCAAAUGGGAUUUGAUCUACGAUUCGGAGAUUUGUUGGCCACUACUGUUUCAUUUGUUACCAUGGGAAGAAUACACAAUGACCAAGGUGAUUUCGAUAGUGCUAUCAUUUGCUUUCACAAAGCAGAAAUGGCACUGAAAACUCUUGAUAUUUACCAUCCGUCCCUGGUUCAAAUUUAUGCGUUUCGAACAGGGUCUGCAUAUUAUAAUCACAAACAAUUUGAUAAAGCUCUUGCAUACUACGAAAUGGCCUUGGAAUUAGCGAUGCAAGUUGCUCGUCGUAAUUUGAAACAAAUUCAACGAAUACGAUAUGGUCUAGACAGAAUCAUGGAUCAGAUUCUUGAUUCAAAUCAAUUAGAUAAGUAUAAUUCAAAACCCCGCAAGCAUUGUAUAAUUUUUUGA